AUGGCUCCUAACCCUUCUCGCGCAGCUGGGAAGCAGCAGCAGCAGCAACGCACUAAUUCUUCGCCACGCGUUAAGACGUCUCCAAGCACGUCGCUGCGCAACCGGUCGCUCCUGCAAUUCUUCCGCCCGUUGCCUUCCCCCGCCGCGCAGCCCCCCGCGGAUCCUUGUCUUGCGCUCGCCAAGGCGGAAUGCGGAACCGGGGUGGCGGAAGUUAGCUUAAAAAAACUCGAAUUUUCCUGCGAGACGAGACGGGGAGAGCUCGCGGGAAGGGAUCUGCGGGGAGAAUACGCGGAACUGGGCAGGGGAGCCCGGAAGGAGGCAGAUUGCGCGGGGAGAGGUUGCACACAGGCAGGCGCGGGUAGGGAAUUGGGGGAGGAACUUUGUGCGGAUGGCUAUGGCGGAGGCAUGCUGCGGGGAAGGGGGGGGGAGGAGGACGAUCCAGCGGAGAUGAAUCCGAUGACGACGAGGCGCGUCAGGGCGAGACUCUCUGUAGAGAUGUCUUUAAAGGCAGAGGCUGUAAAGUCGAAGGGCAUAGAAGGCGAGGCGGGAGGUGCGGGGGCGGCGGAGGUUGGUUGCUCCCAGAACAUUUUUCUUGACACGGGGACGGGGGAUACAUGUGGGGGGGAAGGGGAAGUGCGAGGGGAUGAGGUUGGGGUGAAAGGGGAGGGAGAGUGGGGGAGUGCGGUCAGGGAGGGGUUGUUGGUGAAGGGGGAAGGGGGGGGUGUGGAAGGGGGAGAGGGUGGGAGAGUGAGCAUGGGGGGAGAGGGUGAAGGAGAGGGGAGUGAAGGGUUGAGGAGGGGCAUGAGCGGGGUGAGAGUGGUGCGUGGGAUGACGGAUGUAGAUGGGUGGGGAUGGUGGGAGGAUGGAGGGGAGAAGGUGGAGGGUGGAGGGGGAGAGGAGGGAGUGGGAGAGGAGGAGUCGGAGGAAAUCAAGGAUAGAGAGCGGUGGGAGGGGAUGAAGGGCGGUGUGGUGGGGGAAGUGGAGAAGUCGAAAGCGGAUGAAGCAGAGGCGAGGGAUGAAGCAGAGGCGAGGGAUGAAGCAGAGGCGGAGCAUGCAGUGUGCGAGUUGGGUCUGCUAGGGUACUCUGACUGGUCUGCCACCUCUGCCACCGUCCGCGUUCGCACUGCUGCCACGCUCCUGCCCCCGGGCACAGCAACGGCCUCUCUAGCACGCCUCUGGGGCAGGGCUGCUCGUGGGGUGAAAGGAGGAGGGAGUGAGACGGGUGCAGGUAGUGUGGGGAGAAGAGGGAGUGGGAUGGGUGCAGGGGUGGAGGGGGGAGAAGGGAGCGAGGGAGUCGGGCGAUGGAAAGCAAGUGGGGAGGUUAUUGGGAAGGCUAGUGGGAUGGUGAGUGGGAUGGCAAGUGAUGGGGCGAGUGGGAAGGUGGUGAGAGUGGAUAGUGUGAAGAGCUUGAUGGCACCUGCUCCUGCUGCACCCACCGCUGCUGCAUCCUCGCGCUCUCGCCCUUCCUCCCACUGGUCCUCUCAAACUCCGCGCCCAUGCCCCUUCUACAAGAAGAUUCCUGGAACGCCCUUUGCAGUGGACGCCUUUUCAUAUGGCCCAGUGGCGGGCGUGCAGCUGUACUUCCUCUCGCACUUCCACAGCGACCACUACCGCGGGCUGUCCAAGCGCUGGCAGGGCGGCCCCAUCGUGUGCACGCCCAUCACUGCUCGCCUCGCCCACAUGUGCCUGGGGGUCCACCAGAGGUGCGUGGUGCCGCGGGUGGGUGGCUGGCAAAGCUGGGUCGAGGGGUGGAGUGGGUAUGGAAGGAGAGGUGGAGGGGGCAUGGGCAGAAGGGAGGAGUGGGUGGCAGGAGGGAGGAGAGAUGGAGAGGGCAUGGGAGAAAGGAGGAGUGGGAGUUGGGAUGAUGAGAUUGCAUGUCUGCUAAUCCCGCUCACCUUCACCACCACGGUGUAUCUACACGGCCAUGCAGUCACGCUGCUGCCCGCCAACCACUGCCCUGGCUCCGCACUCAUCCUCAUCCGCACCAACUCGCCUCCUCCCCUGCCUCGCUCCCUCUCCUCUGCACCGCCUCUGCCACCACCACCGCUGCACCAGCAGCAACAGGCGUGCACGUACCACCAGCACCAGCAGCAACAUGAACCUCUCACUGCUGCCUCCGCCUCUCCUCAUGCUUCCCUUCCCAGGCCUCCUCUCCCAACCACACACCAACCUCCACCCUACUCCACUCUCCAACCCCACACACCCUCCUAUGACACACUCGUCCCCACACCCUCCGCCAUCCCUCCUCGCGCGCUCCUCUCCGCCACCAUUCUCCACACGGGGGACUUCCGUGCGUCUCACGCCAUGCGCACGUACCGCCACCUGCCUGCUGCAGCUGUGGACCGCCUGUACCUCGACACCACGUACUGCCACCCGCGCUACACCUUCCCGGAUCAGCAGCAGGUGAUAGACUAUGCUGUGGCGGUGGCAGUGGCAGCAGACAAGGCGGAGAGGCGGGCAGGGGGCAGGGUGCUGUUCGUGGUGGGGGCAUACAGCAUAGGCAAGGAGCGCCUCUUUCUCGCUAUAGCCCAGGCUCUGCAGGAGAGCAUCUUCUGUCUGCCGCGGCACCACCGCCUGCUGCACGCGCUGCAGUGGCCCGCACUCUCCUCUCGCCUCACCCGUGACGCUGCCUGCUCUCCAGUGCACGUGCUGCCACUGGGGCAGCUGCGCGCUCAGCGCCUGCAUGAGUAUGUGUCCAACCAGAGAGGGUUCACUCGGGUUAUCGGCUUUCGACCAACAGGCUGGACCUUCUCCCAGCGCUUAGCCUCAGGUCUGCACAACAUUCAGCCCCAACACUACCGCAACGCUUCACUCUACG